UUCCCUUUUCUUGAAAAUUGAUGCUUUUUCCAACAACAACAGCACAGAUUAGAGACCAUUGGAGCAAAGCAAAAGCUGUUGAUAUUUGAUAAGCACAACAAUGACCCUCAGAUAUAAUCUGUAACAUGUACAAUAUGCUCGAUCAAUAUUUUGUUAAGAAAUCAGUGUUUUCAUUUUGGCUGAACCGUAACCCAGAGGAAGAGAAUGGGGUGAACUUGUUUUUGGAGGUGUUGAUCCCAAUCACUACAAGGGAAAGCACACUUAUGUGCCUGUGUCAAGAAAAGGUUAUUGGGAGUUUGAUAUGGGAGAUAUACUUAUUGGAGACAAAAAAAACUGGAAUUUGUGCUGACAGCUGUUCAGCUAUUACAGACUUAGGGACUUCUUUGUUGGCAGGUCCAACGGAGCUGGAAUUCAUACACAAGAGUAGCAGCACUGUUGGCUAUAGACCCAAUGUCUUCUCAACCACUCUCUCCAAUCUCAUUGCCACCAACUCUUACCACUUCCUCAUUCCCCAUUCGAGGGAAAUGGCCAGUGCUGGUUUAUCUGGAGUUCUUUCGUCAGGAAUUGGAAAUUUGAGCCAUCUCUAA